AUGGUAAAAUCCUAUCAACGUUUUGAGCAGUCCGCUAUUUUCGGUGUGAUAGCAUCUAAUGCCAAUUGUGUUUGGUUACCUCCGUCAUCUAGAACUAAUAAAGGUAGUGGGCCGGGACAAUUGAUCACGAGUGCCCUCGAGAACGUUAAUAUAUGGGAUAUUAAGACCGGAGAUUUGCUUGCCACAUUAUCCGAUGGGCUACCUCCGGGUGCUUCUGAUGCAAGGGGCUCUAAACCAGCAGAGUGUACAUAUUUGGAAGUACAUGAAGAUACAGAUUUAUUAGCCGUCGGCUACGCUGAUGGUGUCAUUAAAGUUUGGGAUUUAAUGUCCAAAACUGUGCUUUUGAACUUUAACGGCCACAAGGCAGCCAUAACACUGUUACAGUUUGACAGUACCGGUACAAGAUUGAUUUCCGGUUCUAGAGAUUCUAAUAUUAUUGUAUGGGAUCUUGUUGGUGAAGUUGGACUCUAUAAGCUGAGGUCGCAUAAGGAUUGCAUUACUGGGAUUUGGUGUCAGGGAGAAGAUUGGUUGAUCAGUACCUCCAAAGAUGGAAUGAUCAAGUUAUGGGAUUUGAAAACACAACAGUGUAUAGAGACACAUAUUGCACAUACCGGAGAGUGUUGGAGUCUUUCGGUAAAGGAUGAUUUAUUGAUCACAACUGGUACAGAUAGCCAAGUCAAGAUUUGGAAGUUGAACAUGGAGAACGACAAAAUGGGGGAAAAACUAACUGAAGUUGGUGUUUUCGAAAAGCAAAGUAAGCAACGUGGGCUGAAAGUUGAAUUUAUAACAAAUGCAUCCGAUGGGGUCUCGUUCUUCUACAUUCAAAACGCUGAUAAAACCAUUGAAACAUUUAGAAUCAGAAAAGAAGAAGAAAUAGCAAGAGGUUUGAAGAAAAGAGAGAAGAGAUUAAGAGAGAAAGGGUUGACGGAUGAAGAAAUUGCCAGAUCUAUCAAAGGUUCAUACUCUUCACUCGUUUUGCAUCCUUUUCAAACCAUAAGAUCAUUUUAUAAAGUAAAAUCCGCAUCAUGGACAACAGUCACAAGCUCCAAAUUGGAGUUGGUUCUAACUACAUCCAAUAAUACUAUCGAAUAUUAUUCUAUUCCAUAUGAAAAAAGAGAGGCAACAAGCCCUGCACCUCUCAAAACACAUACUAUUGAAUUGCAAGGUCAAAGAACGGAUGUGCGCAGUAUUGAUAUUAGUGAUGAUAACAAGUUGCUAGCCACAGCAUCCAACGGUUCACUAAAGAUUUGGAAUGUUAAGACGCACAAAUGUAUCAGGACCUUUGAAUGUGGGUACGCGUUAAGUUGUAAAUUUCUGCCAGGUGGGUUACUGGUCAUUCUGGGAACAAGAACUGGGGAAUUGCAACUCUUCGACCUAGCGUCUUCAAGCCUUUUAGAUACUGUUGAAGAUGCACAUGAUGCUGCCAUUUGGUCUUUAGAUUUGACCUCCGAUGGUAAAAGAUUAGUGACAGGUUCAGCGGAUAAGACUGUCAAAUUCUGGGAUUUCCAAGUUGAGAAUACUUUGGUACCGGGCACCAAGGACAAAUUGUUACCCAUGUUGAAGCUGAACCAUGAUACGACUUUGGAAUUAAAUGACGAUAUUCUAAGUGUACGAAUUUCCCCAGAUGAUAGGUAUCUGGCCAUUUCAUUGCUAGACAAUACUGUCAAGGUAUUUUUUUUGGAUUCAAUGAAAUUUUAUUUAAGUUUAUACGGGCAUAAACUACCUGUAUUAUCCAUUGACAUUUCAUUUGAUUCUAAGAUGAUUAUCACAUCCUCAGCGGAUAAAAAUAUCAAAAUUUGGGGCUUAGAUUUUGGUGACUGUCACAAAUCUUUAUUUGCUCAUCAGGAUUCGAUUAUGAGUGUUAAAUUUUUACCAGAAUCUCACAAUUUCUUCAGCUGUUCUAAGGACGCAGUGGUGAAAUAUUGGGAUGGUGAAAAAUUUGAAUGUAUUCAAAAACUAUAUGCACACCAAAGCGAAGUUUGGGCGUUAGCAAUUGCUUCCAAUGGUAGUUUUGUUGUUUCAUCUUCUCAUGAUCACAGUAUAAGAAUUUGGGAAGAAACCGAAGACCAGGUAUUUUUAGAGGAAGAAAAGGAAAAAGAACUUGAAGAACAAUAUGAAGAUACGCUGCUAGCAUCUUUAGAAGAAGGAAACGCUGAUGAUGCAUUUAAAGGCGAUGCAGCAGGUGAAGAUGUUGAAGAUGAAGCAUCUGGGGUCCAUAAACAAACUCUGGAAUCAUUAAAGGCCGGUGAAAGAUUGAUGGAGGCGCUAGAUAUAGGUAUUGCUGAUAUUGAAGGCAUGGAAACAUACAACAAGGAUAUGGAGUUGUGGCAAAGAAAAAAGUUAGGCGAAGCGCCAAUGAAACCGCAAGGCAAUUCUGUCUUAAUUGCAGUAAAUAAGACGCCUGAACAAUAUAUUCUGGAUACAUUAUCAAGAAUUAGGACAUCUCAGCUGGAAGAUGCACUGAUGGUGAUGCCCUUUUCAUACGUUUUAAAAUUCUUGAAGUUUAUCGACACGGUUAUGCAAAAUAAAACUUUGCUGCACUCUCACUUACCAUUGGUCUGCAGAAAUUUAUUUUUCAUUAUCAAAUUUAAUCACAAAGAAUUGGUUUCCCAGAAAAAUGAAGAAUUGAAGUUGCAAAUAAAUAGGGUAAAAACCGAAUUAAGAAAUGCUCUGAAGUCUACUGAGGAUGAUCUAGGGUUUAAUGUUCAAGGUUUGAAAUUCAUCAAACAACAGUGGAAUUUAAGGCACAAUUAUGAGUUUGUUGAUGAAUAUGAUCAGCAAGAAAAGGAGAAUAGUAGCGCCAGAAAGAGAGUUUUUGAAACAGUUAUAUAA